AUGGCUGGAGGUCACUCUGGUUCUGUUGGGGGAGGAGGUGGAGGCGGAAGCAGUGGCGGCGGUUCGGGUCGCGCACAAUUCCGCAGUCAAGCAGGCUGCUGCAUCUGUGGCACCAAAUCGUCCUCCUCUCGUUUUACUGUCAGUGUCCGGUAUUCGGAGCACUUCGCCGGCUGUUUCGGUCAACCUGCGGCGUCCCGCUCGGGUGAUUUAUGCAAUGCCUGCGUGCUCUGUGUCAAACGAUGGCUCCAACGCAACAAACCACCGGGUCUGUUUGUCCAGGUGCUUGACAGUAAGAAAGGUCCAGGCCCAAAACACAUGAAAGAGAUCACCAAGCGUGCUCGUCGACGCGAAGCCAAAAAUGCAACUGGUUCUCUAAAAAGCAAUGCACCUUCCUUUUCUGGUACAUCUGCCACCACCUCCGCAGCCACCAAUGCAUCUCAUCGAAUCUCUUCGGGCUCGGUUUCCGGACCGUCAUUUGCGACUCGCUCCACUGGUGGAAGCGUUGUCUCUACCCUUUAUGCGUCAGCAGUGCAUCAGAAUCAGAGCAACUUGCACCACCUCGGUCGCAACUGCGGUUCUCAUCCCUCCGAAUCAGGUGCCUCUAAUCCACCGGCUACCGGCCCUCUCGCCCAUGGAAAUCUCACGUCAUCUCAGUUGGAGGAAUUCACUCGUUGUGACUACCGUUCUUCCUUUACUCCCUACUCUUUGCCGCCAUCGAAAUCUAGUGUUCUUGGUGGUGGACGGCAUCCUGUUAUAUGCGGUCGCCUCCAAGAGACCUUCUGCUCGCCUUUCCCUGUGGGUGCCACCUUCACCCGUGCCGCAGCAGCAGCCAUUCGAAAAUCUGAGGCGUCCGUUCCACAGCCCGUUGCUAAGGUGUUGUCCUGCUCAACUCCAUCUCGCUGCUCUACAGAGUACCCCAGCAUCGAUGUGCCAACCAAACCUGUGUCCUCCGCCGCCUCAGAGACGAGCGAAUACGGCAGCGGUGUGUUCGGACAGUCUUCUGGUUGCUCUUCCCGCUGCACCACUCUUGACGACGCUACAACAGGAAGCGGAUGUAGCGAAAGCAGUUGUGGGUGCGCGAGCAGCGGAUACAGUGGGUUAGGCUGUUCACCGUGCUGCGCGUUUUGUAGCUGGGAAAUGACAUCCUGUAAACAGGUGAAACGCGACAAUAUGUGCGAUGUGGAGCGACACUGUCUGUGCCGUGGUUGCCUCUGCACCGGACAUCAAAGUAUAUGUCACGCAGGUCGCUCUGUGCACAGCGUUAGUCCAUCCAGCGGUGGUAGCAGUUGUUGCUGCGCCGCCAGCGCCACUACCACUCGCUCACACUCCUCUUGCUGUUUGUCAGAAUUCCGGUACCCGCCGCCUCCACCUGACAACAACAACAACAACAACAGCCACAGCAACAACGUAUCGAGCAGGAAACGGUCGGCCUGCAAUGAGGACACUACUAUAUCUACCAGUACGGCGCAGACCCCCACAGCUCCAUCUACUCGCCGAUACAAUCGUCGCGUGGUCCUGCCACCUGUCCGUAUGACACACAAUGCGGAGGUCAAUUCACUUUUGCGAGAAAUUAUGGAGCGGAAUAGCCAAGCCAUCAGUUUCGACUCACGUGAAAUGCACAUGGCUGUGCAGAAGGAACUCCGUUUGCGCAGUCGCACAGUUCAAGGGAACUCCAACUCCGGAUCAGCCUCUGGUCGCACCUCCUCCAUCAGCUCCAUCGAUGGUGCUAGCGGUAGCAACCCCACCGCUUCGGAUUCCCGUUUUCUCUCGGGCCACUGCACUCCUAACAAACACGUUUGCGGUUUGCUUGCAACGCGUCAUCGGGUGCACUGCUGUUGCGCUAGACUACACCACAACCACUGUUGCCAUAUGUCAUGCGGCGGUUGUUCCGCGAGCGAGGACGGCAAUGUUUCCCGAUGUGGGUAG